GUCGCUCACGUCAUGUCGCGCCUGUGGACCUUCUCGACGUGGUCUACGUCGCGGUGGUGCAGGGCUGGAGAGUGCUGCCGCGCCCUCCUUGGCUCACUAUUCGUCGGGUUGUCAGAUUAUAUAACAAAGUUCUUGUUGACGUCUGUUGGAUUGGGGGAUUAUUAUAUGGGUUCCAAAAUCUGA